UGUCAUCUCCCAAGGAGAAAGAUUGUGACUCCAUGGGGUCAUGCAUUUGUCAAAGGUCUGGCAGAGCCCUCAUAUGCUAUAGUGCCAACAGAACUGAAGGAGCUCCUUCAGUAUCCCCCAGAGUUUGUCCAAAAUCAUCUUUGGGGUUACUGGAAGCUACAUGUGUCCUGGAAAGCAAAACUGCAUCAGGGAGCAUGUGGGAGAAGAGGUAUACUUGUCAGUGAUCCUGCUCCAAGUUAGCACAGCUUCUGGAAAUCUGUGGCUGAUGCUGCCCAGUAACCUCGGCUGGGGACCAGUGCUCUUGCUUUGUAUAGCAAGGGCUGUCUUACCUUUGGUUCUUUACACAGCAUCAAUGUCAUACCCACAUACUGUCCUGUAUGGGCUCAGAAAAGCCUUUGCAUUUUUGCAGGUAUUUGGAACUGAAGGAAAAUGUAUCUGUCUCCAGGAUACUGGGCAAGAAGAUAUCACAGCCAGCUGAGCGUUGUCUGACAUGCCGUGCUGGGAUUCAUCCCACCCUGCCGGCUUUGCCAGCCCUGUUCUUGGCUGCAAGCCUUGGGCCGGUGGGGAUGCUCUCCUUCCCUGACAGUGUCCCCGCUGUGGGCACGGGUGGGUUGUGGCAGCUGAAAGGAGAAAAGGUGGAAGCGGGGCGCGCCCCGGCCCUGCCCUCCCUACAAAGGGAGAGGGUGGAGACUCGCGGGGUGAUGGAGCACAGGGUACCCAGCUGCCGGCCCGUCCUGCAGCAGAUGUGAGAUGUGGCACUGCCCAGCCCUGCGAGCUGAGUGAGCCUCGGAGCUGUUCCUCGGAGGAGCUGUGCCGCGGAGCCGCGCCGCGGAGCUGCGCCUCGGAGCUGUGCCUCGGAGCUGUGUCACGGAGCUGUGCCUCGCUCCUCCCUUCCCCGGAUCCUGCAUUCCUCGCAGCGCCUCUGCCGCCUCCUCAGCAGCCCCGCGGCGCCGACCCGGACCUGCUGCUGAGGAAAGAUGGCAGAAGACCAGCCACACCUGUGUAUUCAGAUGUCAGAAUCCAGUACAAAUGGCAUUCCCAGUAAAACACAGCCCUUGCCAGAUUUGGCUGGCAAGGCAGGAAGUGUCCUUACCUUCCACAACAUCUGCUACCAUGUGAAGACAAAGACUGGGUUCCCGUGUUUCCGAAAAACCACCAAAAAACAAGUUUUGAAAGAUGUCAAUGGCAUCAUGAAACCGGGAUUGAAUGCAAUUUUGGGACCCACUGGCAGUGGUAAAUCUUCGCUACUGGACAUUUUGGCUGCAAGGAAGGACCCCCAUGGACUCUCUGGUGACAUUUUGAUCAAUGGAGCUCCUCAGCCCGCCAACUUUAAAUGUACCUCUGGCUAUGUAGUACAGGAUGAUGUGGUCAUGGGAACCCUGACUGUAAGAGAAAAUCUGAAGUUCUCAGCGGCACUCCGCUUGCCAAAGUCAGUAAAGGAACAGGAGAAAAAUGAACGAGUGAAUCAGAUCAUCAAGGAACUGGGUUUGAGCAAAGUUGCAGAUUCCAAGGUUGGUACCCAGUUCACUCGUGGGGUGUCUGGAGGAGAGCGAAAAAGGACCAAUAUUGGGAUGGAGCUCAUCACGGAUCCUGCCAUCUUGUUCUUGGAUGAGCCAACCACGGGACUUGAUUCCAGCACUGCUAAUGCUGUCCUACUGCUGCUGAAAAGGAUGUCAAAACAAGGAAGGACAAUCAUCUUCUCCAUCCACCAGCCUCGGUACUCCAUAUUCCGACUGUUUGACAGCUUGACACUGCUGGCUGCAGGGAGAGUGCUGUACCAUGGGCCAGCCCAGCACGCCAUCGAGUACUUUCAGUCCAUUGGCUACCAGUGCGAGCCCUACAACAACCCCGCCGAUUUUUUCCUGGACGUCAUCAAUGGAGACUCCACCGCCGUGGCAAUGAACAAGGCUGAUGACAGUAACACAGCAGAGAGAACUGAAGAAUGCUCUGAAUAUGAUAAGACCUUGGCGGAGCAAUUAGCAGAAAAAUACUCCAACUCUGCCUACUACCGAGAAACAAAAGCACAUUUAGAGAGCAUUUCUUCAGGAAACAAAAAGAAAACCAAACCACUUUUCCGGCAAAUCACAUAUGCCAAUUCCUUCCUCCACCAGCUGAAAUGGGUGUCCAGGCGCACAUUUAAAAACCUGAUAGGAAACCCUCAGGCUUCCAUAGCUCAGCUUGGUAUUACAGCUCUUCUGGGACUGGUUGUAGGUGCCAUCUUCUUUGGGCUUGAGGAGAACUCUGCUGGACUACAGAACAGAGUGGGUGCAAUGUUCUUUCUGACCACCAACCAGUGUUUCAGCAGUGUCUCAGCUCUUGAACUCUUUGUUGUAGAAAAGAAGAUAUUUAUGCAUGAAUAUAUCAGUGGGUACUACAGAACAUCUGCAUACUUCAUAGCAAAGCUAAUGGCUGAUUUAAUACCCAUAAGGACCAUGCCCAGCAUCAUCUUCACCUGCAUAGUUUACUUCAUGCUAGGUUUGAAACCAACAGCAGAAGCCUUCUUCAUAAUGAUGUUCACUCUUAUGAUGGUGUCCUACACAGCCACUUCCAUGGCACUUGCCAUUGCAGCAGGACAGAGCGUGGUCACUAUAGCAAACCUACUCUCGACUGUUGCAUUUGUUUUUAUGAUUAUUUUCUCUGGGUUGCUGGUCAAUCUCACAAGCGUCAUGGCCUGGCUCUCUUGGCUCAAAUAUUUUAGCAUCCCUCGCUAUGGAAUGACAGCUUUACAGAUCAAUGAAUUGCCUGGUCUGAACUUCUGUGGCAGCAGUAACAGCACAGUGUUAAACAGUGGCGGUAGCUAUCGAGAGACAGGCCGCAUGCCAUGUACUGGAGAGGAGUAUCUGGAGAGUCAAGGCAUCGAUAUGAGCACCUGGGGGCUGUGGCAGAACCACCUGGCUCUGGCCUGCAUGACACUCAUCUUCCUCACCAUCGCCUACCUCAAACUGCACUUCAUGAAGAAGUUCUCUUAAAACCAGAGGGAAAGGCGCAAUUCCCACUGUUCAGCAGUUUGCUGAAUGGAUUGUGCAACUGACUUGAUUAUUUUUAAGGAGACAUUUCUUUGUACUUUUAUUAUUACCCAAGUCAACAACAUGAAUGCCAUCCUUGUGUAUUAAAUACUUGCUAUUAAUUUACUCUGUCAAAAUGUCUAGCAUGGCUCACUCCUCUGUGCCACAGAGGAAAAGAAAAAGUGUACAGCUGUUCAUUUCUUCAAGAGACUGAAUCAGUCUUUCUGCAUGUUCUAGCUAUGAUCUUGUCAAACACUAUAUUUAAUAUUUAGUGGCUUAACCUGAAAUAAAUAGUUCCAUACUUUAAUUAGCACCUACCUUCACCAGGAAGAAAUUAAGUCUAAAAUGAUGCUUCUCAGGACACCAACACAAUCUCAGCUGCUUAUGUGGUCACAGGAUAUGUGAGACAGGGACAAAAUUCCUUUAAUCCCAGUGCCUUUUUCUAUUUGGGAAUCAUUACUGCUCUAGAAUGUACUUAUUGAUGCCAUCAAGCCUUUCUUGCCUCAGUCAAGCGGUAGGAGCACUGUGUUUUUAAAUAAAGGUGUUGUUCUUACAGGGCCAGUUCCCAUGAUCCUUUCCUGAAAUUUGUAUGUCCUCUGCAAAACUGCAAGUCAUCUUCACUGUCUCAUUAGUGCUGCUAUCAAGAGUAGUUCUUAGUAAUUUUUAUGGGGACCAAUUUCAAGAGCAUGACUAAACAGGAUGGCAGCACCUUUGUAAAAGUCCAUAGAUUGGAGCAAUCACUUCCUGGCAGGCCAGCUUUUCCCUGGCCACGUGCAGCAAUGCUAGCUCAUCUCUUUUUUAUCUGCAGAGUUAUGCAUAGUAAAUGCAUAAUGAUGCACAGAAGACAACUUUACAGCUCUUUCUUGGGUUGUUACUGUUCAUCUUGUUGCUCCUGUAGUGUUUGCCCCAGCUUGUAUAGGCCACAAAAAAAUCUUACAGGACCUUAUUUCUUUAAGAGAUUUAGAAACAUGGAAUACCCCGAAUGGGAGGGGACCACAAGGAUCAGUGAGUCCAACUCCUGGUCCUGCACAGGACAUCCCCAAGAGUCACAUUCUGUGCCUGAGAGCACUGU